AUGGCUUCCCCAAGCGCGCGGCCCAUAGGCCUGUCUAGAUCUAGAAAACCGAAAUCAACUCCUUCCUCCACGGCCAUGUCGCUCGAAGACGAGACCCAGCAGCCACCAGUUGCGGGUUCGUCACAGGGAGCCGACCCUACCUCAAGUGCUGCUAUCAUGCAGCAGCUCCAGCAACAGUACGCUUCAAGCGCUGCGACAGGGCCCACCGCUGCCACCAACCAACACAUUAUUGCACCGUCCUCUGACCCGCCGUUCGCUGCACCAUCGUCGGAUGUCACUCAGGGCCAUGAGUCCGACAGCAGCAUCGCAUGGGAAAGCAAUCCAGCGGGUCUUCCUCCACAUGGCUCCUUACACCGCUCCUCACUCGACCAGAUCGUCGAAGAGCUACCGCCGCACCAGCCCUUGCCCCAACCCGAGUUCCCCUCACCCCAGGCGCAGCCUGCGUCCGGCAAGUCGUCGAAUCUCACCGACCUCGUAUCACAGACGACAGAGUUUGUGAGCGAGUCCCAAAGAGACCAAAUCGACUCUGCCGAAAGCGAAAUGAGCGAUAUGGCGGAAGGCAACGACGCGUCGAAUGUGUCCACCCCAUCAACAUCGGAUCCCGAGGUGGUGAGCGCCCCGGCCGGUCGCACCUUGGCCCAUUCCUCUGGGGUUCCCAUGCGUCCCAUCACCCAGUCUGUUCCAGGUGUCACAACAUCACCCUUACGCACAUAUAUUUCUCCAUCCCAGCACGCAAAAAAGUUCUCCACCCCCACCAAGAGCUCCAAAGGGCCCUUCGCCUCGCCAAUCAAGCGACCGAACGCCUCUACAUUAUUCCCGAAGGUCGACAGCCCUUCGACGAACAAGUUCGGCGGGCCGUCGAAGUCUACCAGACUGGCUACACAACCAACUCGCCUCACAGGCCCCACUUUUAGCCGGACACGUUCGGCUCAGGAGGGCUCACCUUCCCCAGGUGAAAGCAGUGACUUCGCUGGGGACAUGCUGCCCACACGCGUUCUCAACCCUCGGGAGCGAUUUGAUGCGACGACGGAGGCAGCGCCUCUGUCUCCGACUAAGGCCAGUGGCUUGACCCUUUCGAGUCAAGCUUCGAGUCAAGCUUCACCAACCCGCUCAGCUCCGCGUUGGGAGAGCUCGCCAACUCAACGUGAGUCAGCUGGCUUCGCCGGCGAGCCCACCUCCCUCAACGAGGACGACGACUUCAACGAGGAGAACGUGGUCAACAACAAGAAUGAGUUCAGCAACGAACACGAGGAGAAUGAGGAAGACGAACUCGACUCCAGAUUCAACGCGAACAGCCAGGACGAGCAUCGAUCCCCGGCCCACAACCACAUUGCAGGCGCGACUCCCCGCCGUCUCUUCCAACCCAGCGAUACGCGGGCAGUCUCUGCGAACUCUGGGCUGCCUUCCACUCCUACGAGGUGCCCUGCUGCAGGGCCAGGUACGGAGAGCCAAACUCUGCUUAACACGGUCAGGCCUCAAUGUAGCCAGACCCAGCUCAACUCGGACAACCCGCCACCGUCCUCACCAAUUCCCCGGGGCCACUUCGCAAGUCUCGAUGCUCGCUCAGCUGCCGCACCUGAGUCGCCAGGGCUCUGGAGACAGACUAUGCGAGAAGAUGAGGACAGUGUUAUCCCAAGACCGACGUCUCCUCCUCAAGAGUCGUUCGUGGCAACACAAGUGAGGUCGCUUCACCACGCCACGUCAUCCCCUUUCAAGCAGCUCCUUCCUCCCUUUCCGUCAUCUCCAGCAAAGAUGGUGCAACCUGGACACGACGUCGCGGUGGACCACCACAACACUAGAAGAACAGCUCCCCCGUCCGACGCGGAGCUCGAGCCAACCUUUGUGGAGGCGGCUAGUCACACAUCUGCUGGGUCACUAGGGGCGGCCCAAGCCACAGCGAGUGACCCUACACCCCCGCGACUCUUCCCGUCAAGUAUCGAGAGUUACACCCCACCCGAACUGACGGCGGCCAGCGCGCCGGGGCUCCCAACUUCUUCCCCACAUCCGCCGGCCGACGAACGUAUGGUGGACGUUCAAGAAGAGGAAGUAACGCCGACCAGGAAGCAGCGGCUGUCCCAAAACGAGUCAGACGAGAGACUCUUCCGGGCCCCGCGGCCCCGUAAUAGCCCAAAUAAAUACGGCAGGCGACACAAUCGCACUUCACACAUCCCCUCGACUCGAGGUGGUAUGCCCCAGCAGCCGCCAGCUACCGAUGACGGAUCGACCACCGAUAACGCGCCGUCAACUGCGGAGGAUAGCCUGCACGUGUCCCAACCGGGGCCGUCUUGCGGCCCUCAGGAACAUUUAAGACCCUCUUCGACACUGUCCCAAACGUCCUCAAGCAGUUCAGACCCAGACGACCCAGAGGACGAGACGUUCCGCGACUCUGACAGGCCUGAGCCGUCGUCGGACCCUGAGCUGGGCCAAGUGGAGCCGCGUUCUCUUGCAGAACCGCCUUCUCCAGUGGUGGCCACCAGGCGGACGUCCACCGGCAAAAGCAAGGCCGCGGCUGUGCCAAGGGGACGCGCGACUUCGCGAGCCAGGAGCCGCCCUUUGCGGCAGAAGCGCAAGGCGCGCUCUUCCUCCCCCGAGUUUUCUGAUUCGAGCAGCUCCGCGCCAGAAGAUGACAAGGACUUUUCUUACCGCCCGACCGAGAUUGGGCGCGCCAAGGCAAUGGCUGAAGCUACGGCUGAGCGCACCAGGAAGGCGUCUACCAGCUUGCCUGAGCCUACUCCUGACCAGACGGCCAAGGGGAAAGGCAAGAGGGCUGCCGCCACGCCUCCCUCUCCCAGGCCAGGCAAACGGUCCAAGGCUGCCACUUCUGCAGAGACGUCCUCUACCGCCAAGGCGAAAUCCACGAAGAGGUCCAGGACCGCGGCCAUAUCUGGGGCAGCGAGAUCUUCGCGUUCAACGACGUCGUCGUCGCGGACGAGAGACCCAAGCGUUGCUGACACGGCGGCUCAGGAGAACCCGCCCCUGCGAGUCCUCGCACAGUGGAAGAAAGGUGACUACCACGCCGGCACAGUUACAUCCCGCAACGCAGGAGGCUACCAUGUCGAUUUUGAUGACGGCGAUGAGGUAUGGGUCGGCCUCGAGCAGAUGCGGCUACUCGAACUGCGACCCGGUGAACCUGUUUGCGAGGGCACACCAGGACACAUCUACCACGUCGCAGAGCACUACAAGGGCGUCGGCCAUGUUCAGGUUGUCAACGGCCACAGCAAGGUGCGCAGGAUCCCUGUCAAGCAUCUCCUCGUCCUCGGGCUGGAGAUUGUGCGCCGCUUUUCGGACCGGUGUGUCACUCGCGCGGAGGUGGACAAGCACUUCCCUGAAAGCGUCGACGUGUUUGCGACCAAAGUCUUCAUUGUGACGAGCUCGGAAGAGAAGGAGAAGGACGCGGUUAUCAAGAAGAUCCAACAGAACGGCGGCACCGUUACGAACAACUGGAUCGAUAUCUUCGACAUUACCGACGAGGCCCACACGAUCAACACACAGGGCAAAGCUCCUUUCCUCGUGUCUCUCGGUUCCAAGCGCGUCGUGUCGUCCAAGCUCAUGUCGUCGCUUGCCGCUGGCGUGCCGGUAUUGUCACCUCGGUACGUCGAGGACGCCCUUAAGGGACUAGUCGAUUGGAAGGCGUAUCUUAUCUCGCCCGGCGAGUCGGCGUUGCUGCGAGAACCCGCGGUCCAGGUGGUAGACCCAGCGUGGGGUUCAACGUCGUGGACACCGGCCGAAGCGCAGGCGGCACGUCAGCCACUCGCGGGCACCAGUGUUCUGUGGGUCCCCGCUGGUGCGCGCUGGAAGGGUCAUAACGAAAUCAACACACUCGUGCCGUUCUGCUUGCGUGCGAUGGGUGCAAGUAUAACGGUGGCGGCGUCUCUGCCGGCCGACUUGACCGCCGUGGAGCAGGAGCUGGUCGCAGUCGAGGAUCGGGAUGGGCGCAAGCUCACGAAACAGCAACGGCUCUGCGGAAAGCUUGUGAAUGUGGGGUGGCUCAAGGCGGUUCUUAUUGCGGGUGCACGCCUCCCGCCGAGCGUUAUCCGCAACUAG